AUGGCGGGGUUGGAGGAGUCACACAGGUUACCGAAACGGAAAAGGACUAGGAUGACGAUCUGUACUUAUAACGCACGUACGCUUGCAUCGGAAGCGGCCAUCGAAGAUCUGAUGAUGCAAGCCAAGACGAUCAAGUACGACGUCAUCGGACUGACCGAGACGAGACGACGUCACCCUCUCAACGCCGUAUAUAAAACAGGAGAAGAACUGUUCUUAGGAACAUGCGACAGUAGAGGUGUUGGUGGAGUUGGCGUACUCGUCAACACGAGUAUGGCAAAGAACAUCGACUCUUUCGAACAACUUGGAUCGGACGUCUGCGGACGAGAAGAUGUGGUCCAACACCAGCUUUGA